AUGCCGCGCUAUCACGUUCUCGUCAACCCCGUCUCCGGCUCGGGCCAAGCACCAGACUUUAUUGAGCACAGCGUCCUUCCCCUCCUCAACUCCCUGGACAUCGACUACGACGUGCACGUCACAAAGGGCGUCAACGACGCGGGGCGUAUCGGCCGUGAGCUCCUCCUCGAGCGCGAACAACGUGUGUCAGAGGGCAAAGUCAAGCGGGAUGACGUGACGACCGUCGUGGUUGGGGGGGGCGAUGGAACGGCACACGAGUUCAUGGAAGGCGUGUUGGAGGGUGUACGGGGCGGCGCGGAACUGGGGCGCUGGGAGCUCGUCACCCUGCCUCUGGGCACUGCCAACGCCCUCCACUCGACCCUCUUCCCGCCUGACAGCGUACCCGUACCUCUCACUGCACGGCUCGAACCACUCAUCGCCCCGGGGAACAUGCACGCGCUCGCUUCGCUCAUCCGCGCACUCGAGGGUGGUGCCCCCCGCUCCCUUCCUGUUACGCAGACCUCGAUCUCCAACGCCGACCCGAUCCCCUCACACAUUGUCCUCAGCACGGCGCUACACGCCAACAUCCUAGCGGACUCGGAGGCGUUCCGCGCCGAAAUGCCCGGCAUCGAGCGCUUCAAACUCGCGGCAGCAGCUAAUAUCUCCGUCUUCUUCCCGGCCCGAGUGCAGUUGUUCCCCUCCACCACAGGGGUGAGGAUGUACGAUCCCCGGACGAAGGAUUGGAAUACCGUGCCGGAGGAAGACUAUACGUUAGAGGGGCCGUUUGGAUACUUUCUCUCCACGACGACGACUCCACGCCUGGAACCCACUUUUGUCGUCGCGCCAACCCUCGCCCGGCUGCCGCCAGCGCCACACGAGGGAACGAUGGACAUUGUCGUACUCCGACCGAUGCGCGAUCCGAAGGUUCGGGCUGCGGACGAUAAGGCCGCCGCGUGGGCGCCGCGCGCCAAGGAGGUGUUAGGUGCUGCUUAUGAUGACGGGCGCCAUAUUGCGCUCGUUUAUGGCAGGAACGGAUGUGUUGACCUCAGCGCCCGCGUCCCGCAGCACGACGAGGGCGGUGAACCAGUUGUGGAGGUGUUCCGGUGCGCGGGGUUCGAGUGGACACCAACUGACCAGUCGCACAAGAAAAGCCACACUGUGUGCGCGGACGGCAGCCUGUAUGUCAUCCCUCUAGGUGGAUCGGCGCGCGCCAAGGUCAUGGAGAGCCAUGCCGGUCAGGGGUUCUGGGUGUGGGGAUAG